AAUAGCUAUAGGACUACUUUCUUAAAGAUAGAGCUGGAAUAUAAAGCCCUACAGGGGUUCCCUAUUUUCCCUAUUGUUUUUAUACUUUAUUUCUCCCUUAGCCUAAAGCUUAAUAACCCUAAUACCUGCUUUAGGUAUAUAAAUAAUAUUAGUAUUAUAGUAGUAGAGGCUAAUACUAAAGAAACUACUUAG